UCUCGCGAGAUCUCACCCCGUCGCGAACGAGGAAGAAGAAGGAUCCGUGUUGUUGUUGCUGCUGCUGCUGUUUGUUUAUUUUGUUGUUUGUUUGCGGGGAAAACGGCGAUGAAGCUCGGCGCGGUUUUGCUGGGCUUUAGCUGCGCGGUGUUGCUGCGCUUCUGCUCGGCUUCCUCCGACGUGUUUGAUGGAGUUUUGGGCAGCACGGCCUCCUGCGUUAAAACAUGCAGGAUGACCUACAGCCUGCACACCUACCCGCGGGAGGAGGAGCUCUACGCCUGUCAGAGGGGCUGCAGGCUCUUCUCCAUCUGCCAGUUUGUCGGCGACAGUGAAAAUCUCAACCAGACCAAAUCCGAGUGUGACUCUGCCUGUCGUGAGGCCUACAGUCAGGUAGAUGAGCAGUAUGCCUGCAGUCUGGGCUGCCAGAGUCAACUUCCAUUCGCAGAGCAGAGGCAGGAGCAGCUGUUGGCCAUGAUGCCCAGGAUUCAUCUCCUGUAUCCGCUGACCCUGGUCAGGGGGUUUUGGGAUGAUGUCAUGAGCCAAGCCCACAACUUCAUCACCUCGUCCUGGACUUUUUACCUGCAGGCUGACGAUGGCAAAGUCGUAGUGUUCCAGACGGCUCCACAGGUCCAGUUCAUCCCUCAGUAUGACUUUCAGAGAGAGGAACUGAAGGAGGAGCCACAGAGUUCAUAUGAAGGGAUAAGCGAGCCCGUUUACAAAGACUACCACAGGGACUACAUUCAGGAGAGAGGCGUGAUCAUGUCCAGAGAUCGGAGCAGCUCAGACGACGACUACAACCUCUUCAACUGCCUCUCCAGGAACCCCUGGCUGCCUGGUUGGAUUCUGACCACCACUCUGGUUCUGUCUGUACUGGUUCUGAUCUGGAUCUGCUGCUCUACAGUGGCCACUGCGGUGGAUCAGUACGUCCCUGCUGAGAAGCUGAGCAUUUAUGGAGAUUUGGAGUACGUGAAGGAUCAGAAACUGACCCCUUACCCACAGUCCUCCCUCGUGAUCAUCAGCUCUUUGGGGAAGGAGGACGAGGCUGGACCGCUUCCAUCCAAGGUCGCGCUUGACCAGUCUAAUAUUUAAGGAUUACUCCCACGGCGCAGAAGGAAGAAUCAGAUGAAACAAAUGGGCAGUUAGCUUUUUGAGGUCUUACUCUUAGAUGUUCUCAGUCUUUGUAAUUAAUUAUUUCUUUAAGCACAUUUUCUAUUUCUUUUUGUUUGUUUGUUUGUUUUUUUAGAUUGCAGAUAAUAUUCUGUCUGUAUAUUGGGGUUUUCUGAGAACGUUGACAGCUCUGUAGGAUUUGCGAUUGCGUUUUCUUGCCCAUUUGUAGUGAUGAAGUGCUCGUUUUAUUGAUUUAUUUUUUUUAGUGAUCACUAACAGCUUCUGGGUUGGGGUUUAGCACAGUGGCGAUCUGAAGUCCUGGUGUUGUGUAUGUAUAUAUGCUGUGGUCAUCCCUUGACUGAAAAUGCAUUAAAGGAGGAGAUCAACCAAACAUGCCAGUGUGGCUAACGAUAAAUGGAAGGUAGUAGCAAAAUGCUAACUGGUGACCAUUCGCUUUCAUUCACUGUUAGCAACAUUAGCUGCUUUUUAUUUGCUUUUCCUGUGAGUGGAUGAUGGUCAGUUGUGGUGUUGAUGGACGGUUAUGAAGGCUGAGGUGAGCAGUUAAGAUACGGUUUUAGAUACUGAAAAUUAAACUUUUCUAAGGUUCUGUUUGUCUUUUGCUCUGUUGAAAAAGUUCCUGAAUAAACACGAUCAAACGUGGA